CGGAAGCGAAGAUGGCGGCGGCAGCUUCUGACCUGUUGACGGGAUGGUGCCUCUUCGGGCUGGCGCUGCUGGCUAUUCUAGUUUUCUGCUGGGUUUAUGUGCGCAAGUAUCAGAGUCGGCGGGAAAGCGAAGUGGUUUCCACCAUAACAGCGAUCUUUGCCUUGGCAGUUGCUCUUAUCUCGUCAGCGCUGCUACCAGUGGACAUCUUCUUGGUUUCAUAUAUGAAAAAUCAAAAUGGUACAUUUAAGGACUGGGCUGAUGCUAAUGUUUCAAGACAAAUAGAAGACACUGUACUUUAUGGAUACUACACUUUGUACUCCAUCAUACUGUUCUGCGUCUUUCUGUGGAUUCCCUUUGUUUAUUUCUAUUACGAGGAAAAGGAAGAUGAUGAUGGCAACACAUGCUCACAGGUUAAAAUUGCACUCAAAUAUACUCUGGGAUUCGUCACAGUUUGUGCAGUUCUUCUCUUAAUUGGUGCUUUUGUUCCUUUGAAUAUUCCCAACAAGAAGAAUUCCACAGAGUGGGAGAAAGUGAAGCUCCUCUUUGAAGAAUUUGGAAGCAGUCAUGGCUUGACUGCUCUUUCAUUUUCCAUUAGUUCCUUGACUGUGAUUGGAAUGUUGGCAGCUAUCACUUACACA